GAUAUAUAUAAAGUAAGCAUAAUGUACAAUACACUCGCACGUUAUACAAACAAACUAGUAUUUGUCUAUAAAACAUUAAUCUCCAAACCAAAUUAACUCCCUUUUUUAUCGCAUCUAUAAUCUUUGUAUUUUUAAUCCUACACUAUCUUUCCCUCUGAAAAUCAACAUUUCUCUCCCUUUUUCCGAUCGGACGAUAGUUCAGAAAGCGAUUCGUCUUCCUCCUUUGGAAUCGGGAGCUCUCACCUUACACUCGGCGACCCGAACCACCCUCAAACCCGGGAGGGACCGGAGUGAAAACGGUCUCUUUGUUUAAAAAAAAAAAAUGGACAGCGGAUUAUUGUGUUUCAUUAUUGGGCGAUUUAAAUAGGCAUGCACGAUUGAUUAUUAACCCCAGCUCCUGUCCAUUUAUACCCUAAAUAUUUCUUCUCCUCAUUACUCAAAAAGCUCUCAUUUAUUUUCUUUUAAUGUUCAGCCUCUUUUUGGAACAAUAAUCGGCUUUUAUUUUUGGCGGUUGAUUUUUUUUUCCUACUCAUUUUUUGUCCUCGAUGCUUUGAGUUUAGGGUUUUGGGUUGCGAGCUUUUUCUUUAAAAUUUUAAUGUUAGGGUUUGUUAACCGGAGUUUCUAGUGUUGGAUUUUUCCCGUGUUUAGAGUGAUGGAUGUUUUGUUUUCUUUGUCCAAUUCACGUUUUUCUUCGGCCUUCUUGGUCAGACUUCUCGAUUGUUUGGAUUGAUUUCGAAUUUCGAUCGUUCUGUCCUGAAAUUCACCUGGCAGGUGUCUGAGCAAUACUUUUGGCUGAUUGAUUUCUCAGCUUCUCAGCUAAGCUUGUGAAGCUGCGUUGCAUUUCCUCAAAUCUCUUUGUAUAUUUGUCAAAGAGGAGAGUUAUUUGCAUAGGAUUUCCAUAUGAAAUGAUGGCAUUUUUUCGGAACUAUUCAAAUGACACAGACGCACACGAUGUCUUGGAAGAGAAAAGCCAGGGACAAAGCAUUGGUAGGAUUCGAAGUUCAGUAGGAAAUGAUGAUGUGGGUGGGAGUGGGACUUUUUCCGAAAGAGAAUUUGAUAUUAAUGCACGCUAUCAAAGUGACAGGGAGCCAGACGGUUCUGUUAGGCUCCAUAAUGAGGUGGCUGCUGCUAGCGGUGCUGGUGUUUCAAAUUCAAAUUUUCAGCCACCGGGAAGAAGAGUAGCUCCUGGAAAAUGGGGUUCGACUUUUUGGAAGGACUGUCAGCCUAUGGACCACCAGGGUGGAUCGGACUCUGGGCAGGAUUCGAAAUCUGACCACAGGAAUUUGGAAGCUUCGGAAUAUAAUUCAUCAGAUGACAGGGAUGAUAGGUUGGAUUUGGAAGAUGAUGAGGCGCAGAAAGGCAAGGCUCAAAGGGGCCAUUCUGAUGUUCCUGCAGAUGAGAUGUUAUCUGAUGAAUACUAUGAACAGGAUGGGGAAGAGCAAAGUGAUACCAUGCAUUAUACAGGCCUUAGCAAUUCUGUUGGGUUAAAUACUAGGCCAAAGUCUAAGCCUGCUUCUCUUAGUAGCACUAUGUCCAGGAGUUCAAGAGCUUUAAAUAACUUCAACUAUGAUGAUGAGGAAAGCAAUCAUGAUGUUGAUUAUGAAGAGGAGGAGGAAGAAGAUGAAGAUGACCCUGAUGAUGCAGAUUUUGAGCCUGACUAUGAUGCUGCAAGUGGUCAUGCUGGGAAUCAGUUCGUUAAACAGGACAAAGACUGGGAUGGUGAAGAUUCUGAGGAAGAAGACAAUAGUGAUGGUGAUGUAGAUAUUUCAGAUGAAGAGGAUUCUUAUUAUAGAAAAAAACCUAAAGGAGUGCAACGUGUUAAAGCUGGACUUAGUGUCAAACCCACUAAAGAACAUAAAUCCACCAAUCGACAAAGAAGAGGGAAAUCAUCAUUUGAUGAGGAUGAAUGCUCAGCUGAGGAUUCUGACAGUGAAAGCGUCCAUGAUUUCAAGAGCAUUGCUAGAAGAGGUGGAAAUCACCGUAUAAGUAGUGCUCGUUCUAAUACAUUCAUAAGCAUGGGAAGAAACAGUGAGGUUCGUACUUCUAGUAGGUCUGUACGGAAAGUAUCAUACGUUGAGAGUGAAGAAAGUGAAGAAAUUGAGGAAGUCAAGAAGAAGAAGACUCUAAAGGAUGAAGCUGAAGAGGAAGAUGGUGACUCAAUUGAAAAGGUGUUAUGGCAUCAACCAAAGGGCAUGGCUGAUGAUGCUAUUAGAAACAGUAGAUCUACAGAGCCUGUUCUGCUAAGCCACUUGUUUGAUUCUGAACCAGAUUGGAAUGAGAUGGAAUUCCUGAUUAAAUGGAAGGGGCAGUCACAUCUUCAUUGUCAAUGGAAAUCGUUUUUUGAGCUACAAAAUCUUAGUGGUUUUAAGAAGGUUCUAAAUUACACAAAAAAGGUGAUGGACGAUGCGAAAUACAGGAAGGCGCUGUCACGCGAGGAGAUUGAGGUAAACGAUGUAAGUAAGGAAAUGGACUUGGAUCUAAUCAAGCAAAAUAGUGAGGUGGAGAGAGUAAUUGUUGAUCGAAUCAGUAAGGAUGCCUCUGGGAAUGUGAUGUCAGAGUAUUUGGUCAAGUGGCAGGGAUUGUCUUAUGCAGAAGCAACAUGGGAAAAGGAUAUAGAUAUUACAUUUGCACAAGAUGCUAUUGAUGAGUAUAAGGCUCGUGAUGCUGCAAUGGCUGUGCAGGGAAAAAUUGUAGAUCACCAGCGUAAGAAAGGCAAAGCAAGUUUGCGGAAACUUGAUGAACAACCAGAGUGGUUAAGGGGAGGAAAGCUUCGUGAUUAUCAGCUAGAGGGUUUGAAUUUUCUUGUUAACAGUUGGAGAAAUGAUACUAAUGUCAUUUUAGCUGAUGAAAUGGGUCUUGGUAAAACUGUCCAGUCAGUAUCUAUGCUUGGUUUCUUACAGAAUGCUCAACAAAUCCCUGGACCAUUUCUUGUGGUUGUUCCAUUAUCAACCUUAUCAAACUGGGCUAAAGAAUUCAAGAAGUGGCUUCCAGAUAUGAAUGUUAUUGUAUAUGUUGGUACUCGUGCAAGCCGAGAGGUUUGUCAGCAAUAUGAAUUUUACAAUGACAAGAAAAUUGGCAGACCUAUAAAAUUUAAUACCCUGCUAACUACGUUCGAGGUAGUUCUGAAGGAUAAGGCAGUACUGUCUAAGAUAAAGUGGAACUAUUUGAUGGUUGAUGAAGCUCAUAGGUUGAAGAAUAGUGAGGCACAGUUAUACACAACGCUUUCAGAAUUUAGUACUAAGAACAAGUUGCUAAUUACUGGAACUCCAUUACAGAACAGCGUUGAGGAGUUAUGGGCUCUGCUUCAUUUCCUUGAUCCUCACAAGUUUGAAAGUAAGGACGAUUUUGUUCAAAAUUACAAGAACCUUAGCACAUUUGAUGAAAAUGAGCUUGCUAAUCUUCACAUGGAAUUGAGGCCUCACAUUCUUCGAAGAGUUAUCAAGGAUGUAGAGAAAUCUUUGCCUCCAAAAAUUGAGCGUAUCCUUAGGGUUGAGAUGUCCCCGCUUCAGAAACAGUACUAUAGGUGGAUUUUGGAACGCAACUUCCAUGACUUAAACAAGGGUGUUCGUGGAAAUCAGGUCUCACUUUUAAAUAUAGUGGUUGAAUUGAAGAAAUGCUGCAAUCAUCCCUUUCUGUUUGAAAGUGCUGAUCAUGGUUAUGGCGGGGACACUAGCAUGAAUGAUCUUAGUAAAUUGGAAAGAAUUAUAUUAAGCAGUGGGAAGCUAGUCAUACUUGACAAGUUGCUUACCAGGUUGCAUGAAACAAAGCAUAGAGUUCUAGUCUUUUCCCAGAUGGUUAGAAUGCUGGAUAUACUAGCGGAGUACUUGUUGCUCAGAGGAUUCCAAUUUCAGAGGCUUGAUGGUAGUACAAAGGCAGAGUUACGACAGCAGGCUAUGGAUCAUUUCAAUGCACCUGGAAGUGAUGAUUUCUGCUUCCUUCUUUCUACUCGGGCUGGUGGCCUUGGUAUAAACCUUGCAACUGCGGACACUGUUAUAAUAUUUGAUUCUGACUGGAAUCCGCAGAAUGACUUGCAGGCAAUGAGUAGAGCUCAUAGAAUUGGGCAACGUGAAGUUGUCAACAUUUACAGAUUUGUGACUAGCAAAAGUGUUGAGGAAGAUAUCCUGGAGCGAGCUAAAAAGAAGAUGGUGCUUGACCAUUUGGUGAUCCAAAAAUUAAAUGCAGAGGGUAGAUUGGAGAGAAAAGAAACAAAGAAAGGGAGUCAUUUUGACAAGAAUGAGCUAUCAGCAAUUUUGAGAUUUGGGGCUGAAGAGUUGUUCAAGGAGGACAGAAAUGAUGAAGAAAGCAAAAAAAGGCUGUUAAGUAUGGAUAUAGAUGAAAUUCUUGAAAGGGCAGAGAAGGUUGAGGAGAAAGUGGGUGAGGAGGAAGGGAAUGAAUUGUUGAGUGCUUUUAAGGUUGCUAAUUUCUGUAAUGCUGAAGAUGAUGGUACUUUCUGGAGUCGUUGGAUAAAACCAGAUGCUAUUGCACAAGCCGAAGAUGCUCUGGCUCCUCGUGCUGCAAGGAAUACCAAGAGUUAUGCUGAGACAAGUCAACCUGAGAGGAGUAACAAAAGAAAGAAGAAGGGCUCUGAUUCUCAGGAGCUUCAGGAGAGAGUACAAAAGCGCCGUAAAGCAGAAUACUCCGCUCCCUUGGCACCAAUGAUUGAGGGAGCAACUGCUCAAGUGAGAGGAUGGUCUUAUGGGAAUCUGCCUAAAAGAGAUGCUCUGCGCUUUUCUCGAGCAGUUAUGAAAUUUGGGAAUGAGAACCAAAUCACUUUGAUAGCAGAGGAAGUUGGUGGUGCUGUUGCAGCAGCUCCAAUUGAUGCACAGAUUGAGCUUUUCCAAGCUUUGGUUGAAGGAUGCAGAGAAGCAGUUGAAGUAGGAAAUGCAGAACCUAAGGGACCAUUAUUGGACUUCUUUGGCGUCCCUGUUAAGGCGAAUGAUCUGUUCAAUCGUGUCCAAGAACUUCAGUUGUUAGCAAAGCGAAUAAGUAGGUAUGAAGAUCCUAUAAGACAGUUCCGUGUGUUGAUGUACCUUAAACCCUCUAAUUGGUCCAAGGGGUGUGGAUGGAAUCAGAUUGAUGAUGCGAGACUGCUUCUGGGAAUACACUACCAUGGAUUUGGAAAUUGGGAAAGGAUAAGAUUAGAUGAAAGGCUUGGCCUCACGAAGAAGAUUGCUCCUGCUGAACUUCAACACCAUGAAACCUUUCUGCCACGAGCCCCAAAUUUGAAGGAACGUGCUAAUGCACUUUUGGAAAUGGAAGUUGCAGCAAUUGGUGGUGGUAAGAAUGCUGGUACCAAGGCUGGUCGAAAGGCUUCAAAGAAAGAAAAGCAGAAUACUCUUAAUGUAUCAAUAUCUCGUGGAAGAGAUAAGAAGGGGAAACCGGGUUCUCCUAAAGUCAAUUUUAAAAUGAGUAGGGACAGGCAUAAGAGGCCUCAGAAAGUUGAACUAGUUAAAGAAGAGGGCGAAAUGUCUGACAAUGAGGAGGUAUAUGAGCACUUUAAAGAAGUGAAGUGGAUGGAGUGGUGUGAAGAUGUUAUGAUUGAUGAAAUAAAAACCCUUCGUCGUCUCCAAAGAUUGCAGACUACCAGUGCUGAUCUUCCGAAGGAUAAGGUGCUUUCAAAAAUUCGGAAUUAUUUGCAGCUUCUUGGAAGGAAAAUAGAUGAAAUUGUCUUGGAACAUGAAGAUGAGCUCUAUAGACAAGAUAGGAUGACUAUGCGCUUAUGGAACUAUGUCUCUACAUUCUCGAAUCUUUCUGGUGAGAGGCUGCAUCAGAUUUAUUCCAAACUUAAGCAGGAGCGGGAAGAAGAGGGAGGGGAUGGACCCUCACAUAUCAAUGGUGCUAUACCUGGUCAUGUUGAUAGAGACGGUGACCCUAACUACCCCCCUUUGUCACAUUCUGUUGAGAAGCAAAGAGGGUACAAGAAUGCAGUGGCAUAUCAAACAUCACAACCAAUUCACAAAGGCAUUGAUGCUGCAAAGUUUGAAGCUUGGAAACGACGACGGAGAGCAGAAGGGGAUAUCCAUCCCCAACUCCAGCCCCCAGCUCAAAGACCUACGAACAAUGGUAUCCAAUUGGUAGAUCCAAACUCCUUGGGGAUUCUUGGGGCAGGACCAUCAGAUAAACGUCUUGUUAGUAAUGAGAGACCGUAUCGGAUGCAUUAAAUUGGAUUUGCACAAAGGCAAUGCUUUCCACGGGGCAUCAACUACAGUAAGCUUUUUGUGCUGUGCUGGAUGAUACUUGAGCCUUUGAAUAUUGGGUGGGAUUCUUUUUUGGGCAUGGAAAUAAAAGUUGGUAUUUAAAGUUGAGUGUUUAUGGGUGGAUUUAAGGAGGUGUAUCCACCAGGCGGGAUUUGAAUCCAUGUAAAAAGUCGGCUGAGCUAAAAAAGGUUUUACUAACAUGUGCAGGGCUUGCCGGAGCGGCCUUUCCACAAUUUUUUCUUUUUACAGUUUCUUUUUGGUAGUGAAUCCAGUAAUUUGUUUAAUUGUAUAGCUCAAAAGUGGCAGGAGAAAAAAAAAUUGAAAUGAACAUGCAAGGAAAAAAGUGUACAUUAUCAGUUUUGAAUAUUUUUAUUUGACAACAUUCAAAUUUUGUAGGCAAUAAUAAUGGGUGCGAAUUUGCUUGCUUUUUUA